CUGCGAAGCACGACUCUUGCUAGGGCCAGUGUUAGGUUAGGUAAGGUUAGGCCAGUGCUCCGCGGAGAUCGGCGUCGUUGGUCGUCGACUAUCGCCCCGACGACCCGUCGGUCGGGCGUCCUCGGGGUGGCGCCGCGUGUCUGGUUGUAGUGUUGACCGCGGGAACCCCCCUACUCGGACCGGGUUCUGACCCCGGACGGAGAUAGUACGUCGGGUGUAAGAGUGCAGGGGAGUCGUUUAGUGCGGUACGACCUCAAAACUCUUUGGACCGGCGCUCUGCUCCCAACAUCAGCAGAUCGUCAAGUUCCACAUAGCUCGCGCGCCCCCUCAGGCGCGGGGAUCUCGUAGGAGGCCCCAGGCCCGAAAAAAAAGGCUAGGUCAAGUGCGUUAGGGUACGUUAGGGUUACGCUGACAUAGCCUCUCAAGGCUAUCAGCUUAGGUACGAAAAAAAGGUAUAGUAUGUUCGGUGCGGCCUGCAUUCCGACGUUUCACUUCCAAAUAUUGAUACUACAAAUUAAUCUUUAGUGAUAAUUUAUAAUUUCGAACUUGUUUCCGAUAAGUUGAAAAGAAUUAUUCACUGACGAUAAACGGAUAAUAAAUGAUAAAUACAUAAUUUGGUUUAUUGUAUAGUUUAGUUGGUCGUGCGGUGGUGAGCUGCGCGCUAUGGGUACAAUGCUGCUGCCCACUGUACUAUGUAUCCUAAUUGGAACCGGCCUCGCCGUCCCCAUGGACGAGCUGAGGUCCAACCUCGAGUGGAUGGACUACAGCACCAACGUGGCCGAGUCAGCUUACCGACUCCUCGACACUAUCCAGCCUAGAACUAUGAGAGUGGACCUAGAUGUCUUCUUAAACGAAGCUAGGUUUGAUGGUAUCGUUAGCAUGGAUAUUGAGGUUCUAGCGAGCAACAUUGAACAGAUCGUGUUCCACCAGAACGUGGUCUCUAUCCAGGGUGUGAAUUUGGUUACCGCCCGUGGUGAUCCAGUGGGAUUAAAAUUCCCGGAUCCGUUCACUAUUGACAGACAUUACGAGCUCCUGCUGAUCAACCUCGCCCAACCAAUCGCUGCUGGUAAUUACACCGUCACAGUGAGGUAUCGCGGUCAAAUCAAUACCAAUCCUGUUGAUAGAGGUUUUUACCGAGGUUACUAUUACGUCAACAAUCAGCUCAGAUAUUAUGCUACCACACAAUUCCAGCCAUUCCAUGCUAGGAAGGCCUUCCCGUGCUUCGACGAGCCCCAGUUUAAAUCAAUAUACAUCAUUUCAAUCACCCGAGACAGGAGCCUUAGUCCGACAUACUCGAACAUGCCUAUAUCUAACACAGAAACCCCUUCUACCAACCGCGUCAAAGAGACGUUCUUCCCAACUCCCAUCGUCUCUUCUUACUUGGUAGCGUUCCACGUAAGCGAUUUUGUUGAAACCAGUCUCACCGGUACCGACUCUCGUCCAUUCGGAAUAAUUUCUCGCCAAGGUGUAACGUCUCAACAUGAAUAUGCCGCCAAAAUCGGUUUGAAGAUUACCGACAAACUUGAUGAUUACUUUGGAAUCUUGUACCACGAGAUGGGUCAGGGUACGAUUAUGAAGAACGAUCACAUUGCCUUACCUGAUUUCCCAUCUGGUGCGAUGGAGAACUGGGGAAUGGUUAACUACAGAGAAGCGUACCUGCUCUACGAUCCACAGCACACGAAUUUAAUCAAUAAGAUCUUCAUCGCCACCAUCAUGGCUCACGAAUUAGCUCACAAGUGGUUCGGCAACCUUGUCACAUGUUUCUGGUGGAGCAACUUGUGGCUCAACGAGUCCUUUGCUAGCUUCUACGAAUACUUCGGUGCUCAUUACGCGGAUCCUUCUUUGGAACUAGACGACCAAUUUGUUGUGGACUACGUACACAGUGCUCUGACGUGGGAUGCCGGAACUGGUGCGACGCCGAUGAACUGGACCGAAGUGUCUAAUAAUUCAUCGAUCUCUUCCCACUUCAGUACAACAAGCUACGCCAAGGGCGCUUCGGUUCUCAGGAUGAUGGAGCAUUUCCUCGGUUCCAGAACUUUCAGGAACGGCCUGAGAUACUACCUCAGAGACAAUGCUUACGGCAUUGGUACUCCUGCGGACUUGUACGCCGCUUUGAGAAGAGCUGCCUCUGAAGACCACGUUUUCGCUCGUGACUUCCCUAACGUCGAUGUCGGAGAAAUUCUAGACAGCUGGGUCCAAAAUCCAGGGUCACCCGUCAUUAAUGUAGAAUUUAACACAAACAAUGGCGUUAUCACUUUGACUCAGGAGCGUUUCCUCCUCACUGGAUCACGAGACCAGCUUUGGCGAAUUCCUAUCACCUGGACUGAUGCAACGACCCGUAAUUUCUCCAACACCAGACCCAGCUUAAUUAUGAACACCAGAACUGUCAACAUCCAGGGUAACGCCGGCCAACACUGGGUGAUGUUGAACAUCGCUCAAUCUGGUUUGUACCGUGUCAACUAUGACGACAGCACUUGGCAGCGAAUUGCUGCUUUCCUCCGAACCAACAGAGAGGCAGUUCACAAACUAAACAGAGCUCAAAUCGUCAACGACGUUUUGUUCUUCAUUCGAGCUGGUAAGAUCACCACGUCUCGCGCUUUCGACGUGUUAUCAUUCCUGGAAAAUGAGAGAGACUAUUACGUUUGGGCUGGCGCUAUCACGCAACUCGAAUGGAUUCGCAGGAGACUGGAACAUUUGCCUCAAGCGCAUGAAGCUUUCACAGCUUACACUCUGGAUCUUCUUAGAAACGUGAUCAAUCACCUGGGAUACAACGAACGCGCAACCGACUCCACAUCAACCAUUCUCAACAGAAUGCAGAUCUUGAACCUCGCCUGCAACCUCGGGCAUUCCGGCUGCAUCAGCGACAGUCUUCAGAAAUGGAGACAGUUUAGGAACAAUCCGACCAAUUUGGUCCCAGUGAAUUCUCGGCGCUACGUGUACUGUGUUGGUGUUCGUCAAGGCAACUCCAGUGACUACAACUUCCUCUUCGAGCGGUACAAUGCUUCCCAGAACACAGCCGACAUGGUCGUUAUGCUGCGAGCUCUCGCUUGUACUAGAGACACAAACUCAUUGCAACAUUACAUGUUCCAGUCAAUGCACAACGAUAGGAUCCGCAUCCACGACCGUACGAACGCCUUUAGUUAUGCUCUACAAGGCAACAGGGAGAAUUUGCCUAUCGUUCUCAACUUCCUGUAUCAAAACUUUGCGGCUAUUCGCACCAGCUACGGAGGUGAAGCUCGUCUCGUCACAGCUGUUAAUGCAAUAUCUGGGUUCCUAACUGAUUUCGCAAUAAUAAGAGAGUUCCAAUCUUGGGUAUACGCCAACCAGCUAGCUCUCGGCACCGCCUUCUCCACAGGAGUUUCUGUCAUUAAUUCUGCCAUCAGCAACCUCGAAUGGGGCAACGCUGAAGCCACUGACAUUUAUAACUUCCUGUUGGCUAGGAGCUCAUCAACCACCGUUACCUCAUCCUUCAUUCUAAUGAUCACUGCAUUAGUCGUUAAAAUGUUUCAUUAGACCAUUAUUUAUUUAUUAAUUUAAGUUAUGUUUACUUGUAACUUUCUAAAAUAGUAAAUAUUUUAUAAAAAAAUAGUUUGGUUCUUUAUUUAGUAACUCCAUCGCUUAAUUAAUGCUUACCAGUUUUAUCGUACAUUAUGUAAAUGAAUAAAAUGAAUUGCUAGAAUAUGUGUUUAUAUCAGCUAGGCGCAAUAGAUUUGAAGCCAAUCUUAAAAUUUGUUUACUACCGUACUAAUUAAAUUUCCACCUCAUGUCUGAAGAUGACUAAUAAAUACAUUCUCUGUCUGUGGCUGUGACUUCUACAGGUUUAAGAUUCACCACUUAGUGUAUGGUAAGCUGCAAGCCUCCUGUGUAAAAUGAAUCUGAAUAAUGUAGUGAGAAGGAGAUGAGGAGCGAAGCUUAUGCUCUAUGAUCUUAUGUUAUAUUAAAUUCUUAAAUAAAUGACUCUCCUUAACAAAUGA